GGUCCAUUGCUUUAUGAAAUUGAACCGCCAAAAUGUAUGGGCGGGAAAGGACAAUUAAAAAAUAUGUUUGCGCGGUUUUUUGUUCUUUUCCAAAAUUUGCAGACGUUUUGGGGAUAAAUAAGAGGACCCAGAUCGAUAAAGAUACAAGAUAGUCAAAAGGGUCCUAUAAUUCGUGGAUUUUUAGUUCAGAGUUUGAAUUUUUUGGUUUUGGGUUCUUGAAAUCUUGGUUUCUUGGGUCUUUGUUUGAUUUGCUUAAUGGGAUCUUCAGCUGUUGUUGAUGCUCCAGCUCUCGAUGCAGCAGGUCUUGAAACGAAGAAAAAUAAGCGAAAGAAUGCAGAUUGUGAUUCUGAGAAGACAGCAGUAAGUGGCCAAAAGAAACAGAGAGCACAUGCCUUAAAGAGUAGUGAGACACCUGUUGGCUCCCGUAAAAUGCCAAAGCGUGCUGCUGCUUGUGCAGAUUUCAAAGAGAAAUCUAUUCAAAUAUCUAAGAAAUCUUCAAUCAUUGAAACAAAAAAGGACCGUUCUGUAGAUGAAGAGGAAGUAGCUGUUCGGUUAACGGCUGGACAAGAAGAUGGUCGGCCAUGUAGGAGGCUAACUGACUUUAUAUUCCAUAAUUCUGAUGGCAUACCGCAGGCCUUUGAAAUGUUGGAAGUUGAUGAUUUAUAUAUCUCUGGCCUGAUUUUGCCUCUUGAGGACAGCUCCCAAAAGGAAGCAUGUAGCAUCAAAUGUGAAGGGUUUGGACGAAUUGAGAACUGGGCUCUAUCUGGCUAUGAAGAAGGGGUUCCAACAAUAUGGGUCUCAACUGAUGUUGCAGAUUAUGAUUGUGUCAAACCAUCAGCUAGUUACAAGAAGCACUAUGAACAUUUAUUUGCCAAAGCUACUGCUUGUGUUGAGGUGUACAAGAAACUGUCAAAAUCUUCAGGUGGAAAUCCUGAUCUGAGUUUGGAUGAGUUGCUUGCUGGGGUUGUUCGUGGACUGAGUGGUAUGAAAUGCUUUUCUCGUAGUGUAUCCAUCAAAGAUUUCAUUAUAUCUCAGGGUGACUUUAUUUACAAUCAACUUGUUGGCUUGGAUGAGACAUCUAAGAAAACUGAUCAGCAAUUUCUUGAGCUACCAGUCCUUAUAGCUUUAAGAGAAGAAAGUAGCAAGCAUGGAGACCCUUCUAUCGGAAAGGUUGCAUCUACUAAUGGAACAUUAACAAUUGGUCCAAAAAUUAAAGACGGUGAGAACAAAAAGGAUUCUGCAACAGAGGAAGAUGAGGGUGUAAAAGUGGCAAGAUUGUUGCAGGAAGAAGAGUUCUGGAACUCAAUGAAGCAGAAAAAAGGCCGGGGAUCAAGCACUUCUUCUAACAAAUAUUACAUAAAAAUUAAUGAGGAUGAGAUUGCUAAUGACUAUCCUCUACCAGCAUAUUACAAGACAGCUAACCAAGAAACGGAUGAAUAUAUAAUUUUUGAUGGCGGUGCUGAUGCGUGUUAUACUGAUGAUUUGCCUCGAAGUAUGCUUCAUAACUGGGCAUUGUACAACUCUGACUCGAGGCUCAUUUCCUUGGAGCUCCUUCCAAUGAAACCCUGUGCUGAUAUUGAUGUCACUAUAUUUGGAUCAGGGGUGAUGACUGAGGAUGAUGGAACUGGAUUCAAUCUUGAUGGUGACACGUCUCAAUCUUCCUCAGCUGGAUUGGGGACAGCAAAUGUUGAUGGGAUCCCAAUAUACCUGAGUGCUAUAAAGGAAUGGAUGAUUGAAUUUGGAUCCUCAAUGGUUUUUAUAUCAAUUCGCACAGAUAUGGCCUGGUAUAGGCUUGGUAAGCCAUCAAAACAGUAUGCAUCGUGGUAUGAACCAGUUCUUAAAACGGCCAGGGUCGCUAUAAGUAUUAUUACAUUAUUAAAGGAGCAGGCCAGGGUUUCUCGUCUUUCUUUUAUGGAUGUCAUUAAAAGAGUUUCGGAGUUUGAAAAGGGUCAUCCUGCUUACAUAUCAUCUGUUCCGGCAGCUGUUGAGAGAUAUGUAGUUGUGCAUGGACAAAUAAUUUUGCAGCAGUUCUUAGAAUUUCCUGAUGAGAAGAUUAAAAAGUCUGCAUUUGUGAUUGGUCUCACAAACAAAAUGGAAGAAAGGCACCACACUAAAUGGCUUAUGAAGAAGAAGAAGUUAUUGCAGAGGGAUGAACCAAACUUAAAUCCCAGAGCAGCCCUAGCCCCUGUAGUGUCUAAAAGGAAGGCUAUGCAGGCAACAACUACACGACUAAUCAACAGAAUCUGGGGUGAGUUUUAUUCGAACUACUCUCCAGAAGAUAUGAAAGAGGGAAUAACUGGUGAAGAUAAGGAGGAAGAAGAACCUGAAGAGCAAGAGGAAAUUGAGGAGGAAGAGGAGAAGGAAACAUUGACUGCUUUAGAAAAAACUCCUACACCCACCUCAACGCCAAGAAAAACAAAAUCAAUUCCUAAAGUGAAGGACAUAAGGUGGAACGGUAAAUCUGUUGGUGAAACAUUAAGUGGUGAAGCUCUAUACAAACAAGCAAUAGUUUAUGGAACUGAAAUUGCAGUUGGGGGUGCUGUUCUGGUGGAUGACGAAUCUGCCCAACUUCCAGCCAUCUAUUACGUGGAGUACAUGUUUGAAACUUUGAAUGGCAUAAAAAUGCUUCAUGGGAGAAUGUUGCAACAAGGAUCCCUAACAAUACUCGGGAAUACAGCAAAUGAAUGUGAAGUAUUUCUCACGAAUGAUUGUAUGGAUUUUGAAUUAGCGGAUGUUAAAAAAGCUGUUGUAGAAAUUCGGUCAAGGCCUUGGGGACACCAGUACAGAAAAGUGAAUGCAAAUGCUGAUAAAAUCUAUAGAGCAGGAGUUGAGGAGAGGAAAAAGAAUGGAUUGGAAACUGAAUACUAUUGCAAAAGCUUGUAUUGUCCAGAUAAAGGUGCUUUUCUUAGCCUUCCUCUUAAUAGUAUGGGUCUGGGUUCAGGCAUAUGCAGCUCUUGCAAAUUAGAUAAAGAUCUCACUGAAAAAGAAAAAUUUGUAGUCCACUCAGACAAGACAAGUUUUGUGUUCAACGGAACUGAAUAUUCUAUUCAUGAUUUUCUCUACGUGAGUCCUCAGCAAUUUAGUACAGAAAGGGUAGGGAAUGAAACCUUCAAGGGUGGAAGAAAUGUGGGAUUAAAAGCUUAUGCUAUAUGUCAACUACUCGAAAUUAUUGUCCCCAAGGCACCCAAACAAGCUGAGCCACAUUCUACUGAGAUUAAGGUAAGGAGAUUUUACCGGCCAGAAGACAUUUCAGAUGAGAAGGCAUACUGCUCUGACAUUCGAGAGGUUUAUUACAGCGAAGAAACACAUACAAUUGAUGCCGAGACAGUUGAAGGGAGAUGUGAAGUGAGGAAAAAGAAUGAUCUUCCAUCAUGCGAUGCGCCUACUAUUUUUGAUCAUGUAUUCUUUUGCGAAUAUCUGUACGAUCCUGCUAAAGGAUCUCUCAAACAGUUGCCACCAAAUAUCAAAUUGAGGUAUUCAGCUGUGAAGGGUGCACAUGUUUCUUCUCUUAGAAAGAACAAGGGUAAGUGUAAGGAAGGGGAGGAUGAUUUAGAUUCUCUGAAAUCAAAAGUAAACUGUUUGGCAACCUUAGACAUCUUUGCUGGUUGCGGAGGCCUUUCAGAAGGAUUGCAGAAAUCCGGUGUUUGUACAACGAAGUGGGCAAUUGAGUAUGAAGAGGCUGCUGGAGAUGCAUUUAAGCUUAACCAUCCAGAGUCGUUGAUGUUUAUCAAUAAUUGCAAUGUUAUUUUAAAGGCUAUCAUGGAUAAGACUGGAGAUGCAGAUGAUUGUAUUUCAACCCCAGAGGCUGCAGAAUUAGCUGCAAAAUUAAGUGAGGAGGAAAUAAAGAAUUUGCCGCUGCCAGGACAAGUGGAUUUUAUUAAUGGAGGGCCCCCAUGUCAGGGAUUUUCUGGAAUGAAUAGAUUUAACCAAAGCAGCUGGAGUAAAGUCCAGUGUGAGAUGAUUUUGGCGUUCUUAUCCUUUGCUGAUUAUUAUCGACCAAAGUAUUUUCUUCUUGAGAAUGUCAGGACUUUUGUGUCCUUCAACAAGGGACAGACAUUUCGUCUAGCUAUAGCUUCACUUCUUGAUAUGGGUUACCAGGUUCGGUUUGGUAUACUUGAGGCUGGAGCAUAUGGAGUUCCUCAGUCUAGGAAGCGAGCAUUUAUCUGGGCAGCAUCUCCUGAAGAAACUCUCCCAGAGUGGCCAGAGCCUAUGCAUGUCUUUGCUGCACCAGAGCUAAAAAUUGCAUUACCAGAAAACAAGUACUAUGCUGCUGUCCGGAGUACUCAAACUGGGGCACCAUUUAGAUCAAUCACUGUUAGGGAUACAAUAGGAGAUCUUCCGAUGGUUAGCAAUGGGGCAUCUAGGACAAGUAUAGAGUAUCAAAUGGAUCCUAUCUCCUGGUUCCAAAAGAAAAUCCGUGCAAACAUGAUGGUCUUGACAGAUCACAUAUCAAAAGAAAUGAAUGAACUCAAUCUCAUUCGCUGUCAAAGAAUCCCUAAGCGGCGAGGUGCUGAUUGGCAAGACCUUCCUGAUGAAAAGGUCAAGCUGUCUUCCGGGCAAUUAGUUGACUUGAUACCUUGGUGCCUUCCAAAUACAGCCAAGAGGCACAACCAGUGGAAGGGGCUGUUCGGAAGGUUGGACUGGGAGGGAAGUUUUCCAACUUCUAUCACUGACCCCCAACCAAUGGGAAAGGUCGGAAUGUGCUUCCAUCCUGAUCAGGACAGGAUUGUAACAGUCCGAGAGUGUGCUCGUUCUCAAGGCUUCCCAGAUAGCUACCAGUUUUAUGGUAACAUUCUACACAAGCACCGACAAAUUGGAAACGCUGUUCCUCCUCCUCUGGCGUAUGCACUGGGGAUGAAACUCAAAGAAGCCUUAGAGAGUAAGGGGUGCAUGUAGUUUCUCACUCACUUGCCUCGCUAGUCUGAUUGAACUGAUGCAAGCAAUUUGUAAAUUAAAAUCUACUGUUUAGUCGUCGUUUCGUGCUUGCAAUAGAAAGCAACUAGAAUUGUCAUAGGUCUUUCGAAACAUUGGAUCAAUAGAAAGCAACUAGAAUUGUUGUAGGUCUUUCGAAGCAUUGGAUCAUCAGAAAGCAACUAGAAUUGCCAUAGGUCUUUCGAAGCAUUGUAUCGGAAACUGAUAACAUUGUUGUAUAAUCCACAGAAUAGUGAUCUGAGUAUACUCAUGGAGUACUAGUGUUCCAGUAGUAUACAUAUAAUGCUCUGUAUUGUUAAA